CCAAUAAUAUAAAUAUUCCCUUGCCAUUGGUGGGAGGCUUAACCGAAAACAAAUCAAUGGUCAAUGGAAGCAACCAGAAGAUGCGAAGCAGUGUUGGAUAGAAUCCAGCGCUUGCCACUCUCCAAAAUCACUGCCUCUUGCAAGGGCACUCUUCUUCGUCUCGUCAAUUCUGAGCUCCGCUUUCUUUCUCGUUUUCCUCUUCCUACUUCCACCUCUUCUUCAUCAUUCAGCUGUAAUGUGGGCUAUUUUGAGGCCGUUGUUCACAUACUUCAACAGCCAUACAUAAUGGGAGUGUCACGUGUGUGCAAGCCUAUUCCUUUGUCACCUACAACUAGCCAUAGGGAGAAAACCGAUUCACAAUGUGAAGCUGUACAUGUUGAUAUUGUUUGCAGUCUCCAUAACAAUCCCACCUGGUUUAUUGUAUCUGAUCGGAACCCGAAGUACAUUACUUGGGAUAGUUCAGGGAGAAACAAGAGUCUGAAAAUGCGGAUUGAACAAAUAGUUGGCGCUGCUCAGUUUUCCUUGGUACUGAAGCCUGUUUCUAUUGUUCUCUUCUUCGCAAAUGGACUUGACGUUACAAUUCGUGAGAAGCUGUUGAUGAAUUUUGGAUUCAGAGGAGUCAAUUUGGAUUUUUCACAUUUUGACUUUGUUUUCUCUGAUGCAUUAGAAGGUGAAUGGGUCAAUGUUCUUGGAAAAUCAUAUCAAGGGGCAUGCACUCUGAUUCUGGAUGUUGAUCAAUGUGCAAAGCCUUGUAAAAGUAUUGAUAGUGUAGCAGAGUUGAGUACUAGUGGUGUUCAUGAAGAGUUUGCAGAGGCAUACAGUGAGUUGGAAUUGGGAUCUUCAUUCCUUUAUCUAAUUAUGAACAUGAACGAUUGGUCUUUGGAUGAUGAAGAUUUGCUGUCAUGCAGAAGAGAAGACCCCUUAGGAGAUUAUGACAUAGUCAAUUUUGAUACAACAGUGUUAAUUGCUAUUAUAUCGGGCAUAAGUAACGGUGGUGCUGAAAAGCUUUUGGAAAAACCGGAAGAUGAACUAAGGCACCGAUUUAAAAACAACACCGAGUUCGUGAUUUCUCAGGCAAAGUCUGAAAUUGAGAGUCCAAUACAUGAGGCAAUGUAUUCUGCAUUAUCUGGCAAAAAGGGCAUUGUAUGUAAAAGUGUUCAUUUAGAAUUUAUGGAGUUGGUUUCUAUGUUUGGAGGCCCUAAUGAGAAGACAAGAGCCACUCAAUUGGUCAAGCUUCUCAAGGUUGUCCCUGAUACUCCAUCACCACGCAUGAUGGCCCUCCCAGUCACCAGGAAGCUAGCCAUGAAGAAUAAGGUUACUUUUGGCACUGGAGAUUAUUGGGGUGCUCCAACUUUGACGGCGAACAUGGGAUAUGUGAGAGCUGUCUCCCAAACUGGAAUGUCUUUAUUCACUUUUGAACAUAGACCACGGGCUCUUGUUGGUGACUAGAAUUUUCAAAAUAACUUUAAGAAAGUUGCUAGAUCAUGUUUAGAAUUACCAUCUGUUAUCAGAAGCCUGGUCACCUGGUCAUAUGAGUUUUUAUAUCAACCCUCCUGUAUGUUGUAACAAUCAAAUGCUUUUCACUUAGAAACUGCAAACUUUAGAGGGAAGUUAUUAAUUCUUGAACACUAACGCCAGUUGGUGUGGCCUCCAUCUAUCCCUAGCAGCUAGAGAAAGAGGGAAGAGAGUUUGUAUUUGCCCUUUUCUUCGGUGGUGCAUGUUUGCAGAGUUAGCCCUGCUGUACAACAAUACUUCUUAUGGCAUAUCGUUGCCUUGCUGAAAAAUAUGUUGGGAGAGUUGACAAAGCUGAUAAAUUUGACAAAAUCUAGGUAAGCUGUAACAUUUCGUCUUGCUUUACUUGAAAUACUGUACAGUUAACAAAAAGUACCUACUGUGGAAUUUGCAGAAUUAUAUAUUACGUAUGCAACCAUCUCGUGCAUAAAUGAUUAUUUCAUCA